AAUUUUCUCCGUACGAUCUCCUAUUGAAAACACAAAACACAAUUCAAUUAUUAAUUUUACACUUUUCUUUUCGAAUUCUUUCAAAAAAAAUCAUAAAUUCUUAUUUACUCAUUCAAUUCCUUCCAAAACAUUCACAUUCAGUGACUUAAAAAGUUCAUUCACCCUUAAAAAAUUAGUCAUUGGAAACUUAGAGAUUAACAGCUUGAAAAAGAAGAUGGCAAAGGUAAUUUCCCAAGAAACGUACGAUGAAGUCAUCAAGGAAAACAUCAUAGAAUUCUCGAUGUCAGUUGAAGAAUCCAGAGAAGAAACAAUCAAACAAUUUGAAGCACAAGGAGUUAACUUAGCGAACAUCAUUAAAGAUUUAACAAUAAAUGAAACUACAGGUCAACCUAUAUUAAGUGAAACUAUCGAGAAAAUAAAGAAUUGUGUCAACAACCCAUAUGAUCAAAGUGAUGGAGAUUUAGAGAAAGCAUUGGAUGUUCUGAUAUCAGAACUAAGCAAGUCAGUUCCACAUCGAGUAAAUGCAUCAAAAAAUAAUACCCAAGAUUAUCUUCUAAAACUCAUAAAAACUGAGCUUUGGGCAAAUGAUAGUGAUCGCGCUAAUUCAAUAAUGCAUAAAUUGAUUUUAAGCGCCCACGCAAUGACGAAUAAAAAUCCCGACAUUUUCGACGACAAAUCGCUGUCCGUGAUAUUAGAAUUGCUUGAUUCAUUAACAAAUGAAAACAUCAUUUGCGAUGUCUUAAAAUGGAUUCAAAAAGCGUGUUUGCUCCAUGAAAUGAACCGUCAGUUGAUUGUGAAUGAAGACAUCCUUGUUAAGCAUUUGAAGCCUCUUUUAAAGAGAAAUGAAACUGAAAUUAUUAAAAACGUUUCGAUUUGUUUCCGAUAUUUGAUUCUUGAUGAUGAUAUAAGAGUAGAAUUUGGAAAAGCACAUGAGCACGCAAGAAUGAUCGCUCAAGAAUGUUUAGUGGAGUUGACAAGUUUGAUGACCAAAUUCAAAUCAAAUCCUGAUAUGUUAUCAGAGUUAAUGUUGACAAUAGCUUCAUUAACUGUAAGAAAUGAAUUCUGCGAAAUGAUUGCAGACGCUGGAGGAAUCACUCUUAUUAUGGAUGCAAUGGUUGAAUUUCAAGAUUCUAUCAAAGUUAUUCGUGAGUCGUUUAAACUUCUUAAAGCACUUGCUGGAAAUGAUAAAGUCAAAGCAGAUAUUAUAAAAUGCGGCAUCGCUCCUAUUAUUGAAAGCUCUUUAAAUCGUCAUAAAUGUGAUGAAACCAUUGCAAAGAGCGCUCUCGUGUGUAUUUCGACAUUAGCUCUCAGAGUGAAAGAUAACUCAUCAGCGUUAUUUGAAGCUGGCAUAGCUGAAACUGUCAUUGAGACAUUGAAAAUUCACGAGAAAAAUAAAUUAGUGCAGAGAAAUGGCGCAUGGGCUAUUCGUAAUAUGGUGUCACGAUCUCGAGAACAAUGUGAAACUUGGAUGAAUUUGGGAGCUGAAGAUGUAUUGAGCCUUGCUCGGAAGAAUCAUCCUUCAGUUGAUCAUGACACGAAAGCAGCUUUAAGAGAUUUGGGAGCUAAAAUUCAUUUAGAAGAGGAAUGGAAAGGAACUGCAGAAAAGCCAAUCACCAAUGAGUAA